CCGAAUUUGUCAACAAUCAUCAUCGACGCUUCUCGAAAACUGCGCGUCACAUCUGUGCCUGAUCUGAUUGUCAAGAUGGCGGAACACAACUCCAGACCUUCAAUGAUCUGCCUUCUUCCUUUUCUACAUACUCGAAUACUAUGGCCUUGUCACCCGAUGGCCUGAAAUGGUCGACCCAACUAGAGGUUGCGCCCUCGAACCGAAGGCUGGUGGGAGACAAGAUCACUUUGCCGCAGUCAGCUCUUGAAGCCCUUCUCGCAGCUGCGCCUGUCGUCUCAGUUCAGGGCUCCUCUAGAAAUCUAACCUCGACCUUCGAUCCUUUCAAUCCCUAUACCUUCGCUGCCGAGCGCCAUGCCCGCGCCGCUGUCGAAGACCGUCAACAGCAAUUACCGCACCCUCUGACUUUCCGCCUCGUGAACCCCCUCAAUGGACGAGCAGUGUACGCUGGAAUCAGAGAGUUCUCAGCCAUAGAAGGCACUGUAGGCUUAAGCAGUGGCUUGAGAGAAGCACUCGGUUUAUCCAACGAUUCGUCGUCUCGAACGUCGCGAGAAAGCACACCUGGCGGGGAUGUAGCCAUGUCAAAUGCACAGGACCCUGCCAAAGAAAAAGGACAGACGGUCGCAAUACAUGCGAAGAGUCUGCCAAAAGGAACAUAUGUCAAGCUGAGGCCUCUUGAGGCUGGCUACGAUCCUGAGGAUUGGAAGUCUUUGUUGGAACGAUAUCUACGAGACAACUACACAACUCUAACCAGCGGCGAACUCCUUGUUGUCCCAGGUGCACGUCACGAGAGAUUUCGCUUCUUAGUGGACAAGUUCGAGCCUGAAGGAGAUGGAAUUUGCAUUGUGGACACAGACCUUGAGGUGGACAUUGAGCCGUUGAAUGAAGACCAGGCCAAGGAGACACUGAGCAAGCAACUCGCUAGGAAGAGGCGCCAACAGGAGUUGCCAGAAGGUUCUUCUUCUGGGGGUGGUUUACUUCUGGAUACAGAAGUCCAUGGCAAAGUGCUAUCUGGGGAGUACGUCGAUUAUGAGUUGAAGACUUGGGACCGAAGCCAGGAUUUGGAGGUGGUUCUGCAGGCAUCUGAUGAGAAUAGCAACUUGGAUCUUGUGGUCAGUCCGUUUUCUGCGCGACAAAGAUCAAAACCACGACAAGAUGAAUUUGUUUUCGGCGAGCUCAGUGGACGACCAACAAAGCGAAUUAAGCUCUCCCAUACCAAUGUCGAUCUCGAAGUGGCCGAAUCUCUCAGUGUGGCCGUCUACGCGUGGCACGAUCCGGGUUCAGACACAGCAGAUGAGAACAAGCCUAUCCCGUACACUCUUAAGCUUUCGAUCUCCACCUCAGAAGACGGUUCGAGCAAUGAUGCUUCCCAAGAGCUUUCUGAUGAUGAGGUGAUAUGCAAGAACUGUCGCCAGAUUGUACCCAAACGCACACUUCCUCUUCAUGAGGCAUUCUGUUAUCGAAAUAACAUCUUAUGCCCAAAAUGCUCUGAUGUAUUUCUCAAGAACUCGGAUACGUGGAAAAAUCAUUGGCACUGUCCUCAUGACGAUGACCACGGAAACGACCCAACUUCUCAUCACAAGCAUGACUCCAUCUUCCAUCCCAAGGAGCCUUUGCGGUGUGCCAGCUGUGACUUCGAAGCAUUCGACCUCCCUAUCUUGGCCCACCACCGCACGACGACAUGUCCUGGAAAAGAAAUCUUGUGCCAGUUCUGUCAUCUUGUGGUCCCCCAACAAGGCCCUGACGACCCGUCUUUCACCGACCCAGAAGUCCUGUUGUCUGGACUUACUCCGCAUGAGCUCGCGGACGGCGCACGAACCACGGAAUGUCACCUUUGUAAUAAGAUUGUUCGAUUGCGGGACAUGAAGACACAUCUUCGGUUGCACGACCGAGAACGGUUUUCCCGUCCUCGGCCUCGACUUUGUUCCAACCAGAUCUGUGGUCGGAUUAUCAGACCUGAAGACGAAGCGAGGACACAGAAGGAACAGCUCGGUUUAUGUAACGAAUGUUUUGGCCCUCUCUAUGUGACGUCUUACGACCCCGAAGGUAAGAUGUUGAGACGGAGGAUUGAACGUCGAUUGUUGCAGCAGCUGAUUGGAGGCUGUGGCAAGUCUUGGUGCCGCAAUAGCGAGUGGUGCAAGACCGGACACACGAAUGUUACUGGCGUUACCAACGCGAUCUCGGCCAAGGACGGUCUGCCUAUGCUCAAACCGAUAAUGGAUCAGCUCGCCCAAGGGGUUACCUCUGGGCUGGUCUUUUGCGUCGACGAGGGCAGUCAAAGUCGGCGGAGUUUGGGAGCGAUGAUGGCCUGCGAAGGCGAAUACGAGGUUGAAUGGUGUGUCAAGGCUUUGGAAGAGGAGCGCAACGAUGUGGCCAAGGCUAGAGAUUGGUUGAAAGACCGCGCCCCAAAGUUGGGUGAAGUUGUGUCGUCUUCUUAGUAUUGAUAAUGAUACCCAUCAAGGACGUCUUUAGAAGAGAUAUGCGGAGUAAUAGAAUAAUGAAGUAUCUGACAAG